AUGGCACCCCGCGCGGCCUCUCCGGCCCUAUCGGAGAACGAUUUUGACAUCACGAGCGCGCUCUUCAAGCAUGACAGCGACUCGGAACCCGAGCAGACGACCAAGGCUACAAAGACCAAACGCAAGGCGCCACCACAACCCCCAAACCUCACCCUCGACUUCCUCGGAGACGCAGGCGACUCGGACGAAGAUGACGAGGCCUUCAUCGCAUCGCAGCAGACCUCGGCAAACCGAAAGAGCGCAAACCUCAAGGGCCGCACGGUGAAGAAGGGCGGUGGCUUCCAAGCCAUGGGACUGAAUGCGAAUCUGCUCAAAGCAAUUACCCGGAAAGGAUUCUCCGUCCCCACGCCGAUUCAGCGCAAGACGAUCCCCGUUAUCAUGGAGGACCAGGAUGUUGUCGGUAUGGCGCGGACGGGAUCCGGGAAGACGGCUGCGUUUGUGAUUCCGAUGAUUGAGAAGUUGAAGUCGCAUAGCACGAAGUUUGGAUCGAGGGGGUUGAUCAUGUCGCCGUCGCGUGAGUUGGCGCUACAGACGCUCAAGGUUGUCAAGGAGUUGGGCAAGGGGACGGAUCUCAAGGCUGUCCUGCUUGUUGGUGGUGAUAGUCUCGAGGAGCAGUUUAGCAUGAUGGCGGGGAACCCGGAUAUUGUGAUUGCGACGCCCGGUCGGUUCUUGCACUUGAAGGUUGAGAUGAACCUGGAUCUCUCGAGUAUUCGGUAUGUGGUGUUUGAUGAGGCGGAUCGGCUGUUCGAGAUGGGUUUCGCGGCGCAAUUGACCGAGAUUUUGCAUGGGUUGCCGUCGACGAGACAGACGUUGCUGUUCUCCGCGACGCUGCCCAAGUCGCUUGUUGAGUUUGCCAGAGCUGGUCUGCAGGAGCCGACGCUUAUUCGAUUGGAUACUGAGAGUAAGAUCUCGCCGGAUCUGCAGAAUGCAUUCUUCUCCAUCAAGUCGGCGGAGAAGGAGGGUGCACUGCUCUAUAUCCUACACGAGGUCAUUAAGAUGCCUACGGGACCUACAGAAGCUUCGCAGAGAUUCAAGGAGGGAAACACGGAUGACUCGAAGAACUACAAGAAGCGCAAGCGCGACGACAGAGCCAUCAAUUUCAAGGAGUCCCCAACGAAGCACUCGACCAUCGUCUUCGCAGCAACAAAGCACCAUGUCGACUACCUCUACUCGCUCCUCAACGAGGCCGGCUUCGCUACCUCCUACGUCUACGGUUCGCUCGACCAAACAGCACGUAAGAUCCAAGUCCAGAACUUCCGAACGGGCAUUUCGAACAUCCUCGUCGUCACAGACGUCGCAGCCAGAGGUAUCGAUAUCCCCAUUCUCGCCAACGUCAUCAACUACGAUUUCCCCUCGCAACCCAAGAUCUUCGUCCACAGAGUCGGUCGAACGGCCCGUGCCGGAAGGAAGGGCUGGAGUUACAGUCUUGUCCGUGAUGCCGACGCUCCCUACCUACUCGAUCUACAGCUCUUCCUCGGACGCAGGCUCGUUCUCGGUCGCGACUCCGGCGAGCAGGCCAACUUCGCCGAGGACGUCGUGGUCGGAAGUCUACCUAGAGACGGCCUCUCGUCAAGCUGCGAAUGGGUCACAAGAGUCCUAGACGACGACACCGACAUCGCCGCCCAACGCUCAGUCUCUACAAAGGGUGAGAAGCUCUACCUCCGUACGCGCAACGCCGCCUCGCUAGAGAGCGCCAAGCGUGCGAAGCAGGUCGUCUCCUCGGAUGGCUGGACAGCCAUCCACCCGCUCUUCCAAGACGACGCAAGCCAGCUCGAGGCCGAGCGCGAGAAGAUGCUCGCCCGUAUUGGAGGCUACAGACCGCAGGAAACGAUCUUUGAAGUUACGAACCGCCGUAGCGGCAAAGGCGGAAACGCAAAGGGCGAGUCCGACGAGGCUCUCGACUCGAUCAAGCGCGUCCGAACCAACCUCGACAAUAAGAAGAAACAGCGUGCUGAAGCAGAAGAGCGCGCCCAGGCUCUUGACGAGGCAGCUGGUCUCAAGGGAGGCGCAGAAGACUCCGACGAUGGCGCCGGCGGUGCCGGUGCCUUUUCAGACGAUGAAGACGACGAAGCCACAGGCGUUGCAGACAACAUGUCGCUCGCCUCGGAAUCCGACCUCGAAGUUACAUUCUCUUCCUACAACCAACAACAACCCUCCUCCAAAUCCAACUCUAAAUCCUCUUCAACCUCAAUUUCCUUCCAAAACCCCGACUACUUCAUGUCCUACACCCCCAGCAACAUAAACCUAGCCGAAGACCGCGCGUACGGCGUGCACUCGGGCACAAACACCAACUUCGCCGCCGAAACGCGCAGCGCAACAAUGGACCUGCAAGCCGACGAAGGCGGGCGCGGAUUCGGUGAACCGCGCACCCUCAUGCGCUGGGACAAGCGGCACAAGAAGUACGUUGCCCGCCAGAACGACGAGGACGGGUCCAAGGGGACACGCUUGGUGCGCGGGGAGAGCGGUGCGAAGAUCGCGGCGAGUUUCCGGAGUGGACGGUUUGAUGCGUGGAAGAGAGGGAAGAGGGUGGGCAGGUUGCCGCGGGUUGGCGAAAUGGAGACGCCUGCGCUUGCGAGUGGUUUUGGCGGGCCUGGCGGGCCUGGUGGGUAUGCUGGUGGGAGGAAGUUUAGGCAUACGAGGGAGCAGGCGCCUAAGCGGGCGGACCCGUUGCGUGGGGAUUAUGAGAAGAUGAAGAAGAAGGGCGCGGCGGCGAAGGAGAGGGAGGCGUCGAAGGUUGGAGCUGGGGCGGGGGGGAAGAGCGAGAUUCGAAAUACGGAUGAUAUUCGCAAGGCGAGGAAGUUGAAGCAGAGGCGGCGGGAGAAGAAUGCCAGGCCGUCGAGAAAGAGGUAG